AUGCCUUUACUAGACCGUCUUCGAAAUAGUCUCAAAGAUAGGAUCAAGCGUAGGCCUCAAGGCCUCCAUGAAUGCAACUUCUUUGAAGAUGGGAAGCAUUCCACACAAGGAGUUCAAGAAAGAAUUCCCACUUCUUGCGAAAACUCCAGGUUGUUCGAGAAACAUACAUUCGGGUAUCUUAGCCCUUGUCGAUAUGGAACAUUAGACAAUGUCAACGACGACGUUGACGAUGAUGUCGAUAGCAAAGAGAGCUGUUUUACCGACUUCUCAUCAGAGAACUCUAUAGUCCGCUUUGUUUCCAAUGUUUUUGCUCCUGGUUGUGGAACCGCUUUGUCUCCUCGUCUGCAAUCUCGGAGUCAUCAUAUUCAACAGCAAACCACUCUUAGCGAUCAGCGUAUGAGCGACUCUCAGCAAAAUAAUGACAACGUCCAUUUAGAUAAAGACAGCCAUAACUUGGCAGAAGACCUGGAAGUUUUUGGUUCACCCCUAAAGAGAGUUAAAGCUGGAAGCUCUCAUCCAAGCUCGGGCUGGGGAAUGCAGGAUCAGAUUGAUUCUCAGAUGAGGGAAGAUGUUGAAAGAUUAAUUCCUAGCUCUAGAUCAGGGAGUUUACAAUCCGAGAAUAUUUUAGGUACCAAAAAAUCUACUAGAGCUUGCCACACGGACGACAAAAACCUUGAGCGUAUGAUGAUACCAAAACGUCUGUAUCUUCCAUCCGAAAAUCCUCAUCGUCGGGUCGGUGUCUACGACGGCGUAUUCUUCAAUCAUGUUUCUAAUAUUCUCACAUUUGAAGAAGACAUUUGGGAUAGCUCAAUUAGGGAAAUUGGGUGA